GCACCGACAGAAAACGCGGCCGCCAGACCUACACCAGGUACCAGACCCUGGAGCUGGAGAAGGAGUUUCACUACAACCGCUACCUGACGAGGAGGAGACGCAUCGAGAUCGCCCACGCCCUGUGUCUCACCGAGAGACAGAUCAAAAUCUGGUUCCAGAACAGGCGCAUGAAGUGGAAAAAGGAAAAUAAAACUGCCUGCUCCGGCUCCAACAGCCAGGAAAAACCAGACGGGGAGGACGACGAGGAGGAAUGA